CACACACACACACACACACACACACACACACACACACACACACACACACACACACACACACCUCUUUAAGUAUUGUACUAAAAAGUACAAUAAGAAAACAAAUAAUAAACAUCUCCCGCAGAAGAAAGAAUAAUAAUUAAAUAACAAACUAAUAAUAAAUACAAAUAAACCCUGGUUCAUAUGAACAUUAGAAAGAUGCUAAGCUAACAUGCUAACGACUGUUAAGCAGUAAAACGUUAAUUUUAACCAGAAACAGAUCAAAGCUCCUCGCUCACCUUCAGGCUGCAGCUCCGACAGGUGUUUUUGACGUCUGACAGGUACCCUGACAGGUUAGACAGGUGAGAUAUCGCUGUUUUAUAUCCUCUCGUGUUAUUGCUGCUAAGACUCCGUAAACCGGAAAAAGUACUUUUCCCCCGGAAGUAGUUGAUGCGUUUGGAUCACGUGGUUCGGGAUCUCCGCUCCGUUUCUUCUUCAGGAAGAAGAUGUGAAGAACAAGUGGCUGCUUUUGUUUUCACCACUAUUCCCCUGGAGCAGAAACCCAAAUGAUGGUCGUGUUCUGAAGAACAAGAAUUAGAGGAUGAAACCCACAAUUCUCCACAUUUCAGUGAAUUGUGGAGCUUUUUUUUCCCAGCAGCCUCGGCGGUGUAACGAUGUCUGACGAUGAUGAUGCUCCGGUGAUGAAGAGGAGUCGAGUUUACUAUGGCAGCCUGGAGGAGAGAGAGAGGGAGAGGCUGGGGGGAGAGCGAGGGAGAGGGGGGGACGCCCUGAAAGCCGGCAUCAAGGCAGGAAACAUCAACAUCUCCUCAGGAGAGACGAUGGAGAUGGAGGAGCGUGUCAGCGAGCAUCAGCACGAGGCGCUGGCAGCGUUUGAGCGGCGGCGGCGAGCGCGGCAGAUCACCGUCUCCACCGACGACGCCGAGGUGAAGGCCGGUCUCCGAGCGCUGGGAGAGCCAAUCAUAUUGUUCGGAGAGGGACCAGCUGACCGCAGGGAGAGACUAAGAGGAGUCCUCUCGGUGGUCGGACCUGACGCUCUGAAGAAAUCCAGGCGAGAGGAUGAGAGGAGCAAGAGGAGCCAGGAGGAGUGCCAGCAGACCUGGUACCACGAAGGCUCUGCCUCCCUGAAAGAUGCUCGCCUCUGGUUGGCCAAAUACUCUCUGCCACGGGCGAUGAGGCGUCUGGAGGAGGCACGUGUUCAGAAGGAUGUUGCCGAGGCGACCAGAGCGAUCCGACAACAAGAGCAGCAAAAGAGCCUGAGGAAUCUGAAUAAUUUCUGCAGUCAGAUCGGAGACGAUCGUCCAAUCAGCUUCUGCCAUUUCAGCCCCGACUCUAAGAUGCUCGCCACAGCCUCGUGGAGCGGUCUGUGUAAGCUGUGGUCCGUCCCCGACUGCAGCCUGCUGCGCACUCUGAGAGGACACAAUACCAACGUGGGCGCCAUCGUGUUCCGCCCACAGGCCGGAGUCUCUCUGGACCAAUCAGAUGUCAGCUUAGCCUCCUGUGCUGGAGACGGCUCCGUGAAGCUGUGGAACCUCGAGAGUGAUGAGCCGGUGGCGGACAUAGAGGGUCACAGUGAGAGAGUGUCUCGCGUCUCCUGGCAUCCAUCAGGGAGAUUCCUGGGGACAUCCAGCUAUGACAAGUCGUGGCGUCUGUGGGACCUGGAGGUCCAGGAGGAGAUCCUCCAUCAGGAGGGUCACAGCAAAGGAGUCCAUGACCUCAGCUUCCACCCCGACGGCUCGCUGGCUGCCACCGGAGGGCUGGAUUCGUUCGGCAGGGUGUGGGAUCUUCGGACCGGACGCUGCGUCAUGUUCCUGGAGGGACACCUGAAGGAGAUCUACACCCUACACUUCUCCCCCAACGGGCAUCACCUGGCGACAGGAAGUGGAGACAACACCUGUAAGGUGUGGGAGCUGAGGAACAGGAAGUGUCUGUACACAGUCCCCGCCCACCAGAACCUGGUCUCUGCGGUCCGCUUCCAGCCCACAGACGGUCACUUCCUGUUGACCGGCGCCUACGACAACACGGCGAAGGUCUGGAGCCACCCGGGCUGGACGCCGCUGAAGACACUCGCCGGACACGAGGGGAAGGUGAUGGGCGUCGACGUUUCCCCGGACGGGAAACUGAUCGCGACGAGUUCAUAUGACCGCACCUUCAAACUGUGGCUGACCGAGUGAUGUCGGCGGGGUGAUGUCGGCGGGGUGAUGUCGGCGGGGUGAUGUCGGCACGGUGAUGUCGGUGGGGUGAUGUCAUCGGGGAGAUGUCGGCGGGGUGAUGUCGGCGGGGUGAUGUCGGCGGGGUGAUGUCGGCGGGGUGAUGUCAGGAUUUUUUAUUUUUACUGAAGUUGGUAAAAAUGUCAGUUGAGUGUUUUUGUUUUUGAAUAAAAAGUGAACAUGUUGA